AAGGCAAAAUAUAAAAUAAAACUUUAUGAUUAUGGGUUCCUGUCUGGGUAGAAAUUCUUCAAAUAAACUCAACUCAAAUAGGAGUACAUCGAGUUUGGUGUCAUCUUGUUUGGGGCGUCAAUCAACAGAUGAUCAGGAUUUGGAUUUAGUCUCGAAUUUUAGUGAUUCCUAUAGAAAGCACAAUAUUAUAUUUCGUAUAUGGAAUUUCAAACGAAAGAAAAAAUCUUCACACUAUUUGGAUAAAUUUUGGCAGCAUCAGGACACCAAUUAUGCCAAAUUAAAUAAUGGAAAUCAAGUUGAAAGUUACUCCGACAUACAGCUACAAAAUCUGGACGUUAACAAUCUACUCAUAACCUCCGGCCAUACCAAAGAAACCGCAGUUAACUAUCUACCCAGUCGUGUGCCCAGCUCACGAGCCAGUUCAUCACUCGAUCUCGAAUGGGAACACGAGUACAGUCAAAUGAGGCAUUUCAACCAACAGCUGCUUAAACAAAAAUCCCAAAUACCAACACAACAAAACUACAGUCAAUUGAGUAUGAUGAUGGCCAGCACUACCAAAGACGAGACCUCAGCCGAUGAGUCCUGGCAGUAUAUGAAUCAAGACGAAGACCAGUCCAUGGCCUCAUUAAGUUCAUUGGGUGCCGUACCCGAUUCCGUAUGUGCAACGAACAAGAACACAGAACGUUUAAACGAGAAACGAAGUUUAUUAAAAUCCAAUAGUCGUGUUGUCAUACGAACUGGUUCCAUAACACGUAACUCUUCACACAAUUCCUGGUCGCAUAUUUCAACGCCCGAAUCCUUAGAAUGGGAUAUAGAUGAGGAUCAGCAGCAGCAAUUGAAAAUGGAAGAUGACAAUUUGGAUCAUGAGACUUUAAAGUUGUUGCAUCAAAUCGAACAGUUAAAGAACCGGGUUUUGUAUGAAACGGGCGAGGGUUUGUAUGAUAUAUUGGAUAAUGGGGAAUUUGAUUAUGCGGGUAAUGGUGUUAGGACUGCAGGCACUACUGGUAAUAGAACAUUCAACAAUACAAAUUGUUUUCAAUUGGGUGAUAGUGAUGGUGAAAAUGCCAAUUAUACUAGUUGA